GAGAAGAAGAAUGUGCUGAGUGUCUUCUAAAAUCCACAAGAACGAUUCUUACUGCCGUUUCAGCGCGUCUUCAUCGACAAAAAUGGACAACGACGAUAUUACUGCUUCGUCGUGGGAAAGGCCAACUUCUCAGGGCCCAAGCUGGAGCAGCCACUCUGUUGUGGAUUUUAGUGGAUGUUCUUCGUUCACGUCUGAACUCGAUGAGGAGCUUUCCACACAUACAAGCCAGACAUACAGCAGCCUCCUAACAGAGCUGCAUAAGGAGAUUGACCGCACAGAGCACUUAUCGGGUGAAGGUGAACUGCAGAGAAUCCUCUUCACUAGUAUGAAGCCUUUGUUGGAGAAGGUGUUCAAUGAGGCAUCUCAAGCCCUGCAUCUCUCAGAGCUUUUAAGGCCAGCAGUAACGCGGGCAGAUGGAAUGGCAGAGAACAGAGAUCAUCUUGAUAGGACAUUCCAGCUGCAUGUGCCCUCUCUACGGGCCCUACUGCUCAAAUUAGGCUUCAGCCAAAAUUUGAACGAAGUGGAGAGUUAUCUGAUCUCAUCUGACCGCACCUGCCUGCUCUCCAAGCUAGACGGACUGAAAACAGAGCUGACGGACUUUUACCAGAGACACCAGAGCACCAUCCGCACCCUCCUCCACUCUCUCCGCCUGGCCGAGCAGGAGAAAAAUCAGGUCCGAUCCGAGCUUGAGAAGAGCCUCCAACCCUCCAAGGACCAGCAGUUGGACUCUUCAGGCCAUGCUGUCAAGUCACUCCAGGAGGACCUCCACGUCUCCGAGGCCAAAGUCCGAUCACUGCUGGAGGACAUAUGUGUCUCUGAGGCCAAUAUCCAGAAGCUGCAAGAGGACCUUCAUGUCUCUGAGGCAAAUGUCAAGCUCCUGCAGGAGGACCUGAAUGUCUCCAGGAGCAAUGUCCAGUCACUGCAAGAGGACCUCCGGGUAUCCAAAGCAAGUACCCAGUCACUGCAGGACAACCUCUGCAUCUCCAAAGCAAAUGUCCAGUCCCUGCAAAAGGACCUUUGUUUCUCAGAGGGCAAUGUUCAGUCACUUCGGGAGGACCUGCGUGUCUCAGAGGGCAAUGUCCAAUCACUUCGAGAGGACCUCCGUGUCUCAGAGGCCAAUGUCCAAUCACUUCGAGAGGACCUUCGCAUUGCUGAAACCAACAUCAAGUUCCUGCAGGAGGACCUGAAUGUCUCCAAGGCCAAUGUCCAAUCACUGCAGCAAGAUCUCUGCGUCUCUAAAGCCAAUGUCCAGUCAUUGCAGGAGGACCUCCAUGUUUCAGAGGCCAACUUCCAAUCACUUCGGGAGGACCUCCGUGUCUCUGAGGGAAAUGUCCAGUCACUGCAGGAGAACCUCCGUGUCUCUGAGGGAAAUGUCCAAUCACUUCGAGAGGACCUCCGUGUCUCCAAGGCCAACGCCCAAUCACUGGGGGAGGACCUCCGUGUCUCAGAGGGAAAUGUCCAGUCACUUCGAGAGGACCUCCGUGUCUCCAAGGCCAAUGCCCAAUCACUGGGGGAGGACCUCCGUGUCUCAGAGGGAAAUGUCCAGUCACUUCGAGAGGACCUCCGUGUCUCCAAGGCCAAUGCCCAAUCACUGCGGGAGGACCUCCGUGUCUCUGAGGGAAAUGUCCAGUCACUGCGGGAGGACCUCCAUGCCUCAGAGGGAAAUGUCCAGCCACUUCGAGAGGACCUCCAUAUCUCUGAGGGAAAUGUCCAGUCACUUCGAGAGGACCUUCGUUUCUCCGAGGCCAACGCCCAAUCACUGCGGGAUGACCUCCAUGCCUCUGAGGGUAGCAUCCGAUUGCUGAGGCAGAAGUUCCACCGCUCUGAAAGUAGCCUCCAGUCACUUAAGAACAAACUAAAGAGCCAAGAAGACAGCGCCCAGGUGCUGAAGAAGACGCUGCGGUCGGUGGAGGACAGGGCACAGCAACUGCUGCAGAACCUGCAAGCUUCGGAGGAGCUCUCCCGCUCUCUGGAGCUGAGGCUAAGUGGGACAGAGGCCAGAGUUCACACAUUCCAGAAUGCUCUGAUGGCAUUUGAGCAGUGCUCCAAAGAGGAUAUAGAGGUGCUGAAGCAACAUGAGAAGGCAGCCAAGGUCAAGUGUAAGCAGAAGAUUAGGAAGAUGAUGAAGGUGUUUAAAAGCUGUAAGGAGAAGCUACAGAACACUGUGGCUGAGCUGCAGGGGAAGCUGGUGCUGGCAAGGGAAGCUCUGGAGAGGGCCAAAGUUGAACACAGUGCAGAGGCAAAGCAGCUGCAGCAUGCUUUAGAGAAAGUCAGAGAGCAGGCUGAGGAAAGAGAGAAAGAGCUCCAUGCUGAGAUCAUAGCUUUGAAGAACAAGCUGCUACAGGAAUCCCUGAAUAUGAACAAAGAGCUAGAAAAAUCUGUGAAGUAUGAAAAGGAGCUUCAGGAAACAGUAAUGGACCUCAGGCAGGCGGUGAAGACUCAAAAGGAGGGAAGGGACAUGGCACUGGAGUGCCUUAGAAAGAGACAGCAAAACGUAGCAGAGGUGCAGAACCACCUGGAGGCUGACAUUCGCCAGUGCAGCCAGACCACAGUGAAGGAGGCAGAGGAGCACGGAGCAGACAGUUAUAAAAAGAUAUCUGUAAAACAGGAAAGCAACUUUGUGCCACUCCACAUCUGCCCCGGAUUGAAAGAAAAGCCUGCUGGCACAGAAAGCUUGAAGGUAUCACCGUUUGCCCUUUACAGUACCAUAAAACGGCCCCUUGACCCAUCCCAAAGCCGAGUGCUGCCUGCCUUCUUCCCCCUGCAACACCAGUUGUCUGAGACUGUGGCUGUUCCCAGGCAAGAGUCUGCACAUUAUUAUUAUGAUUACUCUACCUCCAAAAUGAAACUGAACACUGAACCUCUGUUGUCUGUGCAGAGAAGGCUGAGAAAUUUACAGUCAGUUCAUUUCCAGGAGACUAUAAAGGAACUGCUUCGGAGUUCAUAACAUAUCUGAGUGCUUUCAGAAAUUAAAGCCGUACAGAGGA